AGGCUGCAUCUCGUUCUCCUCAAUAUGGCGGCGCCCAGCGCAGGCGUGGAUUAGGCACGGCGAAUGAACGAUUGAAGUUGAGGCAGCAGGAUGAAGCGUAAGGCGCCGGGCCGGGAUGACUCCGGGCGGAUGAAGAAGCUGAAACUCUCUGUACAGGAGUUCGUGGAGAAGGCUGAAGGCAGCGGUGUCUCAGGGGACAACUUGACGGGAUACCCAGGGGGGAAAAAGAAAACGCGCAAAGAGCUGAGGAAAGAGAAGCGUCAGGAGAAGAAGUUCCGCAGGAAGGAGUACUAUGAGCGGAGGUAUCCAGGGACCCAAGAGGCACAACCACCCACAGCCCAGACCCCUGAUAGGAAAGAGAGACCCAAAGGGGGGAAACAGGGGGAGAAGCAUGGAGGCAAAGUCAAUACUUCCAACAGGCAAGAGGGUAAUAAACCAAAGACUGCAAAGGGGGAAUCAGAUAAGAAGCCCAAGGCUGGAAUGGGGGAGGUUUCCAGGAAGCCCAAGGCUGGAAUGGGGGAAUCUGCUGGGAAACCCAAAGCUGCCAGUGGGUCAGUCAAGAAGAGCCAAGCUGCCAUCAAGGAGGAGAAGAGAAGGAAAGCGCUACUGGAAGCCAAUGAAAAGGAGGAGAAGGAGAUCAGGAGGCUGGAGAAGAGUUUGAGGAUGAAUAAGAGGAAGAACAAGAGCUCUCUCCCACAGUCAUUCACUCAGGAUGGACUGGAUUAUAUUCUGGGGAUGCUGGAGCCCGGGGCAUCUGGGUCUGGCCUGUACGAUGAUGAGGAUGAAUUGGGUAACACUGCAGAGAAGUUGCAUAAGCUUUCAGAGAAGUUUAGUGAAGGGCAAUCCAGUGGUGAUGAAGGAGAUCAACCCAUGGAUCAAGACUCAGGAGAGGAGACAGAGGGCCAGGAAUCGGACGAGGACCAGGAAUUGGUUGAGGAAGUUGAAGCCCAGGAAUCGGUUGAGGAGGAUGAGGACCAGGAAUCACAAGAUGAAGAAACAGAUCAAGAUUUGGGAAAGAAACCUGAGGAGCACAAAGCAUCUGAGCAAGAGCAGGGGUGUGAAAAGGGCCAGGUGCCCCUUGGUUCUGGAGAUAAUGCCAUGCAUGCAGAAGAGCAAGGCUCCAAGUACAUCCCACCACAUCUCAGACAGGCUUCCCAGGCUGAGGAUGCAAAGAGGAGGGAAGAGCUGCAGCGGCUGAAGAAGAGCGUGAAAGGGUUAUUGAACAGGCUAAGUGAGCCAAACAUGGCUUCUAUUAGUGGGCAACUGGAGGAACUGUACAUGAGCAACAGCAGGAAGGACAUGAACGAGACACUGACACAGGUCCUCAUGGACGCCUGCAUCACUCCUGCCAGAAUGCCCGAUCGCCUGAUGAUGGAGCAUGUGCUUCUUGUCAGCAUCCUGCACCACACUGUCGGCAUUGAGGUCGGAGCACAUGUUCUAGAAACCACGGUGAAGGCAUUUCACGACCUUUACCAAAAAAACACUGAAAGCAAAGAGUGCGACAACCUCCUCAUCCUCAUCGGGCACCUGUACAACUUCCACGUGAUGGAGUGCCCCCUGCUGUUUGACAUUCUCAAGAAACUGGUGUCCACCUUCACAGAGAUUGACAUUGAACUAGUCUUGCUCUUGCUGAAGAAUGUGGGCUUCUCCCUGAGGAAGGAUGAUGCUCUGGCCCUGAAGGAGCUGAUUAGUGAGGCUCAAACCAAAGCUAGUGAAGCAGGCAAGAAAUUCCAAGACCAAACCAGAGUUAAGUUUAUGCUUGAAACAAUGUUGGCGCUAAAGAAUAACGACAUGCGCAAAAUUCCUGGCUAUGACCCAGAACCCGUGGAAAAAUUAAGAAAAUUGCAGCGUUCUUUGGUACAUGGCAGUAAGUCUGGCAGCGACACUCGCCUCCGUGUCUCUCUAGAAAACCUCCUGGCUGCAGAUAAAGUGGGGCGUUGGUGGAUUGUUGGUUCUUCAUGGAGUGGAGCACCAAUGAUUGACUCAUCUGCUAACAAAUCCCAACAGUUGGCAAUUGGAAAGGUAAGCUCUAAGAUCAUGGACUUGGCACGCAAGCAGAGGAUGAACACGGACAUCAGGAGAAAUAUAUUUUGUGUUCUAAUGACCAGUGAAGAUUAUUUGGAUGCCUUCGAGAAAUUAUUGAAGCUUGGGCUGAAGGAGCACCAGGAGCGAGAGAUUGUGCAUGUCCUUAUUGACUGCUGCUUUCAGGAGAAGGUUUUUAACCCCUUCUAUGCCUUCCUCGCUAGCAAGUUCUGUGAAUAUGACAGACGUUUCCAGAUGACUUUCCAGUUCAGCAUGUGGGACAAAUUCCGGGAUUUGGGAAGUUUAUCGGCAGCCACAUUGAGUAACCUUGUUAGUCUGCUGAGUCACCUGAUUAAAAGCAAGUCCCUUCCACUCUCCAUAUUUAAGACCAUUGAAUUCAGUGAGCUGGAUAAAAUCAAAGUCUCUUUCCUGCGGCAAGUUUUAAAUCAGCUGUUGAUGGAUUUGGAGGCUGAAGAUCUUGUUCAGAUCUUUGGAAAGGUGUCGGAGAACCCCAAACUCGGCAUCCUGAGAGAAGGCCUGAAGCUCUUCCUUACACAUUUCCUUCUGAAAGGAGCGCGGGAGCAGAAAGGCAAAGAGGACUCUGAUGUGCUGAUCCAGAGAGUGGAUUUAGCAGUGAGAGCUUUACAGUCAAAGGAAAACAGGCUACGGCUGUAGGACGACUACAAGUCUUCGUACCAAGGUGCCCAGAGAGUAAAUAUGAAGCAGCAACCCUCUCAUCCAAACCUUCUCACUAUUUUGGGUGUUUCCAAAGUUAAAUAAAACAUAAGAGCCCGAGGAGCGGUCACUCUUACAGUCUGAACUAUAACAUUCAAAGAAACAAGAUGGACUUGGUUAGUUUAAAAAACAACAGCAACGUUGGGCAUCCCAAUCAGUGUUUUUCCUGCUGCAAACUGAGAUGUACCAUAACUGCUGCAGGAUUUAUUGGUACUUCUUUAGGGAGAUGUUGUAGCUUCCAAUACCAGCGAAACUCCUAUGGACUUAAAGAAGAGAUACCAGCGCUUAAUGGGGCUCUUGGCAAAUCCACAGCAUCUACUGUGAAGGGCAGAAUGAUUUAAGCUUUUUAGGACCUUAAUAACUCACUGCAAUUGUCUGUUGUGAUGGUAUUUAUAUCAAGCGGGUGGUUCACCUUUCAGUUGAGUUUUAGUAUGUUAUAGACUGGCCAAUUCUUAGCAACUUUUCAAUUGGCCUUCAGUUUUUAUAUAUUUUUUAAUUAAUUCUUCUUCUGACUCUUCCCUGCUUUCACAUGGGGGUCACUGACCCUGGCAGCUAAAAAAAAACUAUUGCAAUUCAAGGCUAAAAUGUUAUUUUUAUUAUUUUCUAUUAUUUAUCUUAUGUAUUCAGGCCCUCUGCUACUCAAAUGCCAGUCUAUCUCAAACCACUGCCUAGUUUAUAGGGUAAAUUGCAACCCUAGCAACCAGAUAGCAGUUGAAAUUCCAAAAUGGAGAGCUGCUGAACAAAAAGCUAAAUAGUUAAAAAAAACAUUAACAAUAAAAUAAAGAUUAAUUGCAAUUUGUCUACAUUAGUGAUCUGUGGGUGCCGGCCUGAAACCCAUGGGUUCGGGCAAGCUCCUAUACUAAAUCUUCGGAGACUUAGCACUGCCGGCUUCCUGCUCCUAUAUUUAUAGACUCGCCCCGCCCCUUAUGUGACAUCACUGCGGAACGGGCGCUGGUCUAUAAUCAGAGGGGGAACGGUGGGCUGGGUGCAGAUUGGUAGGGGGCAGGUUACGGUUGGGAGCGGGUUGAGAAUUUCUUGCCCCACACAUCACUGCUCUACUUGAUACGUAAACAUUAAUUUAAAGGUGAAGAACCCCUUUAAUAAGCAUCAUCUGUUGCGCAGUAUCCAUAUAUCAAUGUAUAGCACAUGGCGCUAAAAGGGUGCCAGUUUCUAUAUAGUAAUUGUAUACAAUCAGCUACCCUCCAGUCAUGUUUUCUGUAACUUUUUUUGGUUACUAAAUUAUUUGUUGCCUUUAUACCGUAAUUGUGGUACAAGCCACUAGAUGUCAAUAAAGAAACAUCUUGUUCUA